AAUGUGGACAGAAUUUUUGGAUACAAAAUCUUACACGCUACCAAGCCAAAGGAAGAAUUGAGGGCGGAGUCCUCCUCCUCCUUUCAUAUCCAGGUUUAGGAUGCUUAGAGGCCUUCGACUCAUAAAAUCGGCGACCAUUCCGUUCCGGAUUAAAAAUCAAAUCGUAAACCAUUACUCAGUAAGAGGGUUGCAGCCCGAACCGGGGAGCACCAGUUUCUGGUCUCGUCUGCUUGGAAAAUAUCUAUUGGUGACAAACACCGUGGGUUUGGGUCUGCUCCUUGUGGUCGGGGAUGCAGUGUCGCAACAAUACGAGCGGUUGGAGAAGAAGGACAAGGUGCAGGCCAAGGAGAAGUUGGAUAUAUCCCGGACGGUUCGUAUGCUGCUCACCGGACUGCUGAUCGGACCCAUACAGCAUGCCUUCUAUGUUCGAUUGGACCAGUAUUUCACCGAUACCUCCCGGCUAGGCGUGAUGCGGAAGAUUUUCGUGGAUCAGCUCAUCAUGUCGCCGACGUACAUCUUUUUGUUCUUCUAUAUCAGUAGUCUGCUGGAGGGUCACACCAUCAAGGAGGCCAAUGACGAAAUCGCCGAUAAGUUUCUCAUGACCUGGAAACUGGACUGCUGCUUCUGGCCAGGACUGCAGUACUUCAACUUUAGGUACCUAAAUGCUAGGUACCGGGUGGUAUUUAUUAAUGUAACUAAUUGUAUCUACGUUGUCCUGCUCUCCUACAUUAAACACGCAUAUGGCAAGAACUGGGAAGACUGAU